GGAGACUGUACGUUUGUGUGUUAUUAUGGAGCAAAUGUGACAAGUUUGGACGCGUCAGUUUCGAGUGAAUUUAAAAAUUUUGGAUGUUGAUGCAAUUUUACAUCAGCUACUUUCGGUGGAAAAGGUGCGCAAGGACCCUCGCCAACUGGAACCGGUGCAGUGAGUAGCGUUUCCGGCACGGAUUGUCCGCAGGAACGAAAAGAAAAAUUCUUCCCACUGCGAAGUAGAGCAAACGCUUGGGACCCGAAGCGGCGGUGGUGGUGGCGGCGUGAACGAGAAAGUCGUGAGCGCGGGAACAGGCAAAAGACUCGGCCGCCUGUCGUCGACGAUUCGCAAUCGCGAAACCAAAACAUUCGACACUUUACGCUGCAAGCCGAAUAAACAUAAACAACAUCCAAAGUGAGAAAAAAGUGGUUAUUGAAAAGUGGAAGUUGUUGAAUUAGUAUUCAUCUGUAUUCAUCAUUAAAAAUCUCUACUCGUUAACCCUGUAAUUCGAAAUGCCUCGAUUGAAGAAAAAGGAGGAGCCAUCCCCACCGGCUGAGCCCACUGUAACACUAACAGCUGGUCGGUCCCGCCGUACCAUAAAACCGAACCGGAAAUAUCUCAACGACAGUGUGGUCUUGGCCACGACUUCCAAAACUUCGUCGCGGGACAGUAGCCCGGACAGCGAUGCCAGCGAAGAUGACUACCGGCAGAUGGACGAAGACGAUGAGGAAAUUAUUCCUCCAAAAUCGGCUGCUGGCAGGAAGAGCACCGGCGCUGCCACGAAGAAACCAGGUCCGGCCGUUGCCGGCGCGAGACCACGGGGACGCCCUCCCAAGGGGGUAACCAAAACCGAGCCGGUUAAAAACCUACGCAAAGAAGUUAUGAAAAAGAUGGACCUGUCAAUGUUGAACAUGGGACGGGCUCGCGUUGUGCUGACACCGAUCAACAAGGACAUCAAGAGGAAGCUCGAUUUGGAUACGUCGCUCGUUAAAGAUAAAACGCCCAUUAGAGGAAAACAACCAGAAAAGCAACCGGAGAAACAAUCGGAAAAGCCAAAACCGAAAAUUGCGAUUAAACCACAAGAGCCCGUGAAGCCUGACAGACAUGCUCCGAGCAAAACGAUCGAUGAUAAAGAGAAGCCAAAGCCAUUGGUGCGAAAGAAGCAACCGGAACCGCCAUCUCAAAAGCAAAAAGAAUCGGAUGCGCCCAAAAAGUUCAUCAAUCCGGCAGCACUACAGAAGCAAAGAGUGGAGAAGUCGAUAAUGGACAAGCGACACAAGAAGCCGGAAGAUUCGAAAGCGACGAAAGAUGAGGACGACGACGACGAUGAUGAUGUUCAAAUAGUUGGUUUCAGUCGAGAAAUGGCGCCGAACUUAGGCCGCAAAUCGCUGCGUAAGAGUCCUCUGAUUGCAAAGCAGAUCUCACCUAUUGCUAAGAAGCCAGCUAAGCCGGUGAUUGCUAGCAAGACCACGCCUCCAGUGGCUACCAGCAAGGCUACUCCGCCAGUGGCCGUUUCUGGAGUGAAACGCAGAACGGCCGAUGCUAGCGCAGACAAUAGCGGAAAUAAGGCUCAGCAAUCUAGACAUUCACGUUCGCCAAAGGUCAGCAAAUUGUCCAUCACAGUGGAUUCCGAUGAUGACGAAAUGAGCGAUGAAGAUGAACCAAUCCGCAGAAGCACCCGAUCUAGUUUGAUCUCAGACAAGAGUUCUGCAGUUCCAUCUCCGCAGAAUUCAUCCGUCAAGGCAAAGGAUUCGUCAGCUCCUACAAAGCUAGCUGGAAAAGACGCCAUUCCAACUAAACCAGCUAUGAGCAAGUCUGUCAGUAUGCCGGCGCUGGAUAAAACCAAGAUGUCUAACAGGCAACUGGUGACCAAACCGAUACAAACACCAGCCUCCAAAAUUUUGCCGAAACCUAUGGCUCAAUCGACACCGAAACCGGCAGUCGCUUCUGCUCUAGGAGACAAGAAAAGCAAGUCCGAGAUGAAUCUCGCCGAUCCGAUGGCCGACAAGGAUCUCAAAGGAAAGGACAAAAAUAAAUCGGACCAAGCGACCAUUCGAAUUGUCAACAUUGGCGAUAUUAUCAAAAAUAAAGCCGCCAGCACGCCCGACGUUCGAAAAGCUGCCAUUGCUGGUCGACCAAGUACCGCUCCCACGAAAGACAUUUAUGCUUCUUCCACCGAAAGUGAAUAUUCGGAGGAAUCCGACGACUCGGAAGAUUCGUACGACCCGAAAGAGGGAAAACCUAAAACUAACAAUCAGCUGGUGGCCACGAUCUUGGAACGGAAGCGACCGAUCAACUUGGAUCAUUUGCGGUUAAACCGGUCGGGAAAACGUGGGCGAGCGAGCAAUAAGCAAUCCGCUACGGAUAAUGCGGCUCCCAAAGGAAAGCAGGCCAGUCUCCCACAAGACGACGGCGUGGACUUUGAAGAUAUGUUACAAACUAACAUUGUAACUGCAAACAAAGUUCAAAAGGUCAUAAACCCUACGAUUGCGCGAGGUCGUGGAAGGCCUCCAAAUAGUACAAAUGAAAACUCCACACGACCCGCUCUGAACAAGGCAGCUCCAUUAAACAAAAGCCCCGCCACUGCUAUGCCCGGAAAAACGUUAACAUCCAAUAACAACAACGUGUACAAGUCAAACAACAACGGCCGGCUUGGUUCGACGACUUCUCUCAAUCGGUCCGGUUCGACGAGCCCUCAGAAAGGGCCACCCCGAAUUCUGAAUUCCACGAUGAAACUGGGCGACAAUCGCCCGUUUGCCAAAUUGAUUGCCAAUAGUGAUAACAAGCACUAUUCAAUCGAUUUGACGGAUCCGGAUAACAACGUAAAACUCAUAGCAUCGCCAGGUUCGCAGACGUUGUCACCGGUUAAGCGGUCACCGGUUAAGCCCGUUCCACGACCGAUCGUUGCUUCGACUGGUCUGCGGAACACCUCGAACGCCGUGAACAAAUCCGUCGGUGGCGCCGUGCAGCGAUCGGUCUCAGCCAUUACCAGCACCACCGGUAGUGGUUCCAAGAUGAAAAAGAUCACCUGCUACGAAACAUGGUACGUCAUCAACAUCCCCAACACCGAGAACAAACCGGAACGUCCGUCGUUUGCCAUGUCGAUGAUUGGUUUGGGUAACGAGGCGGCCAAAAUCCAACUGCCCUCCUCGGAGUGGUCUCACAAAAUUAUUCUAACCAAGCGAAAAGUGCUCCCGACGGAAGGCGAUGAAGUUUUCAAUGGCGACGUGGAGGAUCGAGCCAUCAGCGAGGAAGAGAAACGCAACUACGAACCAUGCAAUAUCAUGUUCCGAAGGCGGACGGCCACGCCGGGCAAGUUCAAUCUGCAGUACGAUCGGGCGGUCAUUUUCAAGAACGACACUUUCUUCAUCAACGUUGACGGGAAAAACUGCCAGCUUGUGGGGGCACCCUGCAAGCUCGAAGGUUCCCAUGACAUCGAGACCCUGUUGGCCGUGGUCGACUUUGUCAAUCUGAAAAACUCCUGUGUUGAGUUGUCGGCCGCAUAAGUUGAUGGUCACAGCUUGUUUCGGG